AUGGGCGAAGCCUCCGGCGGGAAACGUGCAGCUGAAGCAGGUCGUGGCGGCAGGGGGGCAUCGGGCAACCGUAAAAAGGCGCGGCAUGAUGGUGGGCGCGGGGGCAGAGGUGGUGGGAGAAAGGGCGGUGCCGACGCGCAGUCCCGGGGCGCAGAGAUCCCGAAAGGAUCGAAGGGCAUUCUGCUCACCACUGUCAGCGGCCAGGAGCAACGCGCGGCGCGCGAGGCCCUGGCGCUGCUCACCGAGCACUACGAGCUGCUGCUGGAGCAGCGAGGCCUGGAAGCGCCGGGUGCGGGCGGGGGCGCGUCGGCGGAAGGCACCGACAUCGCGAAAGCGCUCGCCGCCGAAGUAGAAGCGCUGCAGGACCGCUCCGGGCGGCCGUUCUGGUGGACGUCCACCGGCGUCCGCGGCGUCGUCUUCGUGCGCUACUCCGGCCACGAGGAGAUCACGCCGCACGACGUCCUGGUGUCGGUGUUCGAGGGCCGCGCCCCGCCGCCGCCGCGAACGCACCGUUCGACGGCCCCGCGGCGCUCGCGCUCACGGCCGCCGCGUCCGCGCGUCCGCAGGAGGCCAUCCGCAAGCGCACGUGUCGCACGCGCAACUGCCUGCGGCUGA